GAGCUUCAUCGCAGAAACCCCCUAAAGUGCUUUAUCCGAGGAGGACAACUACUGCCUUCUUCCCUUUGUUUUGGCCAACCUCUACUUCCUCCACCUACUCCAUUUUCUCUCAAUCCAUCUCCUCCCCAAUUCAGUCUUUUUUCUCACUUUCAUUCUUCAGUCCCUCCCUUCUCUCCAAGGCUCUCUGUUUCCAUAUCUCCUCCCCCGUCUUCUAUCUUUCCGUCUCCUGCCGUCCGGUCUGUCGCGUGCCCCAUAUAGACCUUGCUCUUUAUGGCUGAGUGAAGUGACCAGCCAGGGACUCUGGUGGAGUGAGUGACCAGCCAGGGACUGUGGAGGACUUUACGUGGGAGUAAGGAUGGCGGUGAACUUUUCGGAGGUUUGGGGUCGGGUAAAGAAUGUGUGUGCGCAGAACGGGCUCCUCAUCCUGUCUGUGUUGGCCGUUGUCAUUGGCUGUAUGAUGGGGUUCCACCUGCGGGGAAAGCAGCUCUCAGACCAGGAGGUGAAAUAUUUCCAGUUUCCUGGAGAGCUCCUGAUGAGGAUGUUGAAGAUGCUCAUUCUUCCCCUUGUCGUCUCCAGUUUGAUGUCGGGGCUGGCAGCCCUGGACGCCAAGUGUUCCAGCCGCCUCGGCAUCAUGACCGUCUCCUACUACCUGUGGACCACCUUCGUGGCGGUGGUGGUGGGCAUCCUCAUGGUUACCAUCAUCCAUCCAGGUGGCGCCGCCCAGAAGGAGGACAAUGAGGACAGCGGCAAGCCAAUCAUGAGCUCCGCUGAUGCCCUGCUUGAUCUGAUUCGCAACAUGUUUCCAGCCAACUUGGUCCAGGCAACUUUCCAACAGUACCGUACCAGGAGUAUCCCCAUCAUGAAGACCCCUCCGCCCACGGUGACAGCUCCCCUGAUGGAGAGCACCACCCGGAGGGUCUAUAUCUACGGUGUCCAGGACGACAAUGGAACAGACGUCCAGAACUUCUCCCUGGACCUGACGCCCCCGCCAGACGUCCAGAUGCGCACGCUGCCCGGGACCAGCGAUGGCAUGAACGUCCUGGGGAUCGUCAUCUUCUCCGCCACAAUGGGUAUCAUGCUGGGUAGAAUGGGGCCUAAUGGCAGCGCCCUGGUCAACUUCUGUCAGAGUUUAAACGAGGCUGUCCUGAAGAUUGUCGCCAUAGUGAUCUGGUACUUCCCGUUCGGCAUCGUGUUCCUGGUGGCCGGUAAGAUCCUAGAGAUGGAUGACCCGUCAGCCAUGGGGAAGAAGCUGGGUUUCUAUGCCAUCACCGUGGUGAUGGGCCUGAUCCUCCAUGGUCUCUUCAUCCUCCCGGCCAUGUACUUCUUCAUCACCAAGAAGAGCCCCAUCGUCUACAUCAGGGGCAUCCUGCAGGCUCUGCUCAUCUCCCUGGCAACCUCCUCCAGCUCGGCCACGCUGCCCAUCACUUUCAAGUGCCUCCUGGAGAACAACCACAUCGACCGACGCAUCAUCCGCUUCGUGCUCCCUGUGGGCGCCACCAUCAACAUGGACGGGACAGCGCUCUACGAGGCCGUGGCAGCCAUCUUCAUCGCCCAGGUCAACAACUACGAGCUAGACUUCGGCCAGAUCAUAACCAUCAGUAUCACAGCUACGGCUGCCAGUAUUGGUGCAGCUGGAAUCCCGCAGGCCGGAUUGGUCACCAUGGUGAUCGUGUUAACCUCGGUGGGCCUGCCCACUGAUGACAUCACUCUCAUCAUUGCUGUAGAUUGGGCGUUGGACCGUUUCAGGACCAUGGUCAACGUGAUGGGAGAUGCCCUGGCCACGGGGAUCAUGGCUCACAUCUGUAGAAAAGACUUCGUCAAGGAAGGAGAGCAGGUGCCUCUGAUCUGUGAGACCAAGCCCAUGAUCAGCAUCCAGCAGAUGAUGACGUACCAGAAGAACGGUGGGUACCAGCACCCUCCCUGCGGACCAGAGGGCCCGGACGUGGCUCGUCUGAUGCAGCUGGAGGAGGGGUUACGGCCGGAGCAGAGGAAGAGGAACCCCCACGCUCCCCAACACAAGAGGGAGCACAAGGAUAAGGACCACUGCUCCAUCGACAUGAAUGGCCUGGAGACUAACGUAUAGAGGGAGCCAGUCAUCAGCACCACAGCAACCGGCUGCGUCCCGAUUCUCCACACUUCUCUAGAAGUGUGCACAUGCAUACUCUCCAUCACGGAUCUAACAGUGGUGGAUCUAACAACUCCCUCCAGACAAUGGUUACACCAGUUCAGUGAUUUUAACACCAUAACAAUGAGUGGGAAAGUGCAUACUUUGGAAAAAGGUGGACAAUCAGAAUGCAGCCAAGAUUAUAGCUACAGGCGAGAGGAAGGGACUGACUGACCAACUGCAACAGAUGCAGGAUGAGGAUCCAACAAGAAAAUGUGAUUUUCUACAUGAUUUAUAUUACGACCCAGUAUGAUUGUGCAUGUGUGUGUGUAUGUACUUAUCAGAGUUGUUACACGCCAGCAGAAUGAUUUUAUAGAAACAUUUUAUAUGAGGAGCAGGCAUUCUAUAUGAUGAGAAGACAUUCUAUAUGAUGAGGAGACAUUCCAUGUGACAAUGACACAUUCCAUAUGACAAGGGGACAUUCUAUAUGACAAGGAGAGCUUCUAAAUGAUGAGGAGACAUUCCAUGUGACAAUGAAACAUUUUAUAUGACAAGGAGAAAUUGUUUUUGACAGACACAUUCUAUAUGACAAGGGGAUAUUCUAUAUGACAAGGAGCUAUUCUAUAUGACAAGGAGAUAUUUUAUAUGUUGAGGAGACAUUCCAUGUGUCAAUGAGACAUUCUAUAUGACAAUGAGACAGUCUAUAUGACAAGGAGACAGUCUAUAUGACGAGGAGACAUUCUAAAUGACAAGGAGACAUUCUAUAUGACAAUGAGACAUUCUAUAUGACAAUGAGACAUUCUAUAUGACAAUGAGACAUUCUAUAUGACAAUGAGACAUUCUAUAUGACAAGGAGACAGUCUAUAUGAUGAGGAGACAUUCUAAAUGACAAGGAGACAUUCUAUAUGACAAUGAGACAUUCUAUAUGACAAUGAGACAUUCUAUAUGACAAUGAGACAUUCUAUAUGACAAGGAGAUAUUCUAUAUGACAAGGAUAUAUUCUAUAUGACAAUGAGACAUUCUAUAUGACAAUGAGACAUUCUAUAUGACAAGGAGACAGUCUAUAUGAUGAGGAGACAUUCUAAAUGACAAGGAGACAUUCCAUAUGACAAUGAGACAUUCUAUAUGACAAUGAGACAUUCUAUAUGACAAUGAGACAUUCUAUAUGACAAUGAGACAUUCUAUAUGACAAGGAGAUAUUAUAUAUGAUGAGGAGACAUUCUAAAUGACAAGGAGACAUUCUAUAUGGCAAGCAGACAUUUUAUACGAUGAGGAGACAUUCUAAAUGACAAGGAGAUAUUCUAUAUGAUGAGCUGACAUUCUAUAGGAUGAAGAGACAUUCCAUAUGAAGAGCAGACAUUCCAUAUGACAAGGAUAUAUUCUCUUUGACGGGCAGAUAUUAUAUAUGACAAGGAUACAUUCUAUAUGAAGAGCAGACAUUCUAUAUAAUGAGGAGACAUUCCAUAUGACAAGGAGGCAUUCUAUAUGAAGAGCAGACAUUCUAUAUAAUGAGGAGACAUUCUAUAUGACGAGCAGACAUUCUAUAUGACGAGCAGACAUUCUAUAUGAUGAGGAGACAUUCUAUACGACAAGGAGUAUUUCUAUAUGACAAGGAGACAUUCUAUAUGAUGAGGAGACAUUCUAUAUAUGAUAUGGAGACAUUCUAUAUAUGAUAUGGAGACAUUCUAUAUGAUGAGGAGACAUUCUAUAUAUGAUAUGGAGACAUUCUAUACAUGCUAUGGAGACAUUCUAUAUGAUGAGGAGACAUUAUAUAUGAUAUGGAGACAUUCUAUAUGAUGAGGAGACGUUCUAUAUGAUAUGGAGAUAUUCUAUAUGAUGAGGAGACGUUCUAUAUGAUGAGGAGACAUUCUAUAUGAUGAGGAGACGUUCUAUAUAAUAUGGAGACAUUCUAUAUGAUGAGGAGACGUUCUAUAUGAUGAGCAGACAUUCUAUUCAAUGAGGAGACAUUUUAUAUGAAAAGCAGAUAUUCUAUAUGAUGAGGAGACGUUCUAUAUGAUAUGGAGACAUUCUAUAUGAUGAGGAGACGUUCUAUAUGAUGAGCAGACAUUCUAUUCAAUGAGGAGACAUUUUAUAUGAAAAGGAGAUAUUCUAUAUGAUGAGGAGACGUUCUAUAUGAUAUGGAGACAUUCUAUAUGAUGAGGAGACGUUCUAUAUGAUGAGCAGACAUUCUAUUCAAUGAGGAGUCAUUUUAUAUGAAAAGCAGAUAUUCUAUACGAUGAGGAGACAUUCUAUACAUGAUAAGCAUACAUUUUAUACGAUGACAUAAGAGAUAAAGAAGAACUGUGGGAAUCUUCAGUCGGGGAUUGAGGAUCUGUGGACCUGUGGAUAAUGACAGGACAGCUAAGCUUGAGCCUUAGCCUUCCAUCUUAGCUAAUCAACAACCCCCUCACAAUGGAUGUGUCAGUCAGUCUGUCUGUCUGUCUGCUGAGCUGAGAGGUGAAUGUGACUACACUCUCAUUACGCUUGUGGACUAUGGAUAAAUAGGAAGAACUCAUUUCUUUUUUGAAAAUAUUAUUGAAAUGUUAUUGAAAAUGUUAUAUUUUGCAUUGUUUUUUUUUUCUUGUUGAAUUUUGUAUGUUUUUAUCAUUCAGUUCUUCUUUUUCUGAACAACAUCAUCACACAAACAAAUGUAAUGUUGCCUCAAAACCCCCAUACGGGGUUAUGGUCAUUUUAGGCUCAUUGGUUAGUCUUAUAUACCCAGCAGGUUACUCUCACAAUCCUCAUUGGAGAUAAUACAGUAAUUUACAGUAUGGGGGUACCCCUAAACAUAUGGGGGUACCCCUAAACAUUCAAGGCAAGAGCAGCAAGCUACAACUAAAUAACCACAGGUCAUACUCUGAAUAUGCUUAUGAUAAUAUAUGCUGUAAAUAUAUUUAUUUCAAAAGUGAAAGGAAUUUGUAGUUUGUAUAAACAGACAGUAUGAUUCAACAGGCGCCAUUAUGUUUCUGUCAUGAAAUUAACGUAAUUAUUAAUUGUUUCUUCUAGUCCAAUUGCACAAAAUGUAACCCCCUUUUCUGUAAAAAACAAACAAACAAACAAAAAUAUCUAUAUAUUGUAAGGAAAAAC